AUGGAAAAUCAAACUAGUACAUACAAUAGAACACAGAUCUUAAAUAGUGUUUUAAAAAAUGGAGCACGUCUGUCUAAUACAUUUGGAACAUUAUCUGUAUACUAUUGUAUGUUUGGUAUCGUAUUAGAAAAGACCUGGGGAUGUGAAGACAAGCUUAAUACUAUUGUAGCAGGAACAAGCACUGGACUUUUAUACAAAGCAUCAAGUGGUCUUCGAAAUUGUGGAAUUAGUGGCUUGAUUGGAUUUAGUCUUGCUACAGCAUACACUUUAGUUACAUCAAAAAAUAAAAUUAAAGAAAUAGAAUGA